AGAGAAGGCCCCUGAGCACGUGCAGAGGGCUUCUCCUGUCCCUCCCUCCUUUCCUACCAUUCAUUUAGCUACCUCGACCGCCGUGGAAAGGAAGAGGAGAAGGAGAAAUGCCUACGAAGCAUGUGGCUCGUGUCUGGGCGGUGCUCAGGACCAGUACAGCGUGCCUUCUUUGAGCAUCAUGCUGGCAGACCUGCCUUAGAGUUGUAUCAGUCUAGAAGUUAUUCGUCAGGGGGCCGCAAAGGGUUUAUCUCUGGCUUUGUGGAGAACAUCAAGCAGGAACUGGCCAAAAACAAAGAGAUGAAAGAGAGCAUCAAGAAGUUCCGUGAUGAGGCAAAGAAGCUGGAAGAGUCGGAGGCCCUGCAGGAAGCAAGGCGGAAAUAUAAAACCAUAGAGUCUGAGACAGUGAAGACCUCCGAAGUCCUCAAAAAGAAAUUUGAAGAAAUCACUGGCACAGUCAAAGAGAGCCUGGAUGAAGUGGGCAAGAGCGAGCUUGGCCGGAAGAUAAGAGAAGGUGUGGAGGAAGCCACCAAGACUGCCAGGCAGUCUGCAGAAUCUGUGUCCAAAGGGGGAGAGAAGCUAGGCCAGACUGCAGCAUUCAAGGCCAUUUCUCAGGGAGUGGAGACUGUUCGGAAGGAGAUUGACGAGAGUGUCCUAGGCCAGACAGGGCCCUACAAGCGGCCAGAGAGACUCCGGAAGCGGAGGGAGUUUGCUGGUGAACAGAUGAAAGAAGAACGGAUAUUUGAAGCCAACGAGGAGGCCAUGGGCGUGGUGCUGCACAAAGACUCCAAAUGGCACCAGCAGUGGAAGGAGUUCAAGGACAACAACGUGGUCUUCAACCGGUUCUUUGAAAUGAAGAUGAAAUACGAUGCGAGUGACAAUGCCCUCAUCCGGGCCUCACGUGCCGUGACAGACAAAGUGACCGACUUCAUUGGUGGGCUGUUCUCCAAGACAGAGAUGUCGGAGGUGCUGACCGAGAUCCUCCGCGUCGACCCGAACUUUGACAAGGACCAUUUCCUCAAGCAGUGUGAGGCGGACAUUAUCCCUAACAUCCUGGAGGCGAUGAUCACUGGAGACCUGGACAUUCUCAAGGACUGGUGCUAUGAAGCCACGUACAGUCAGCUGGCCCUCCCUAUUCAACAAGCCAAAGCCACAGGCCUCCAGUUCCACUCCCGGAUCCUGGAUAUUGACAAUGUAGACCUUGCAAUGGGCAAAAUUAUGGAGCAGGGACCUGUGCUGGUCAUCACCUUCCAGGCCCAGCUGGUGAUGGUGAUUAAAAACCAGAAAGGGGAGGUGGCUGAAGGAGACCCAGAGAAAGUCUUGCGGAUGCUGUACGUCUGGGCACUCUGCCGGGACCCCGAUGAGCUGAACCCCUAUGCAGCCUGGAGGCUGUUGGACAUUUCUGCCUCAAGCACAGAGCAGAUCCUUUGAGCGCGGCCCCUUCGCCCGCCCCUGUCUCGCUCGCGGCCAAGGCUGCUGCUUUGCGCAGAGGCUGGAGGCGAGGCCUCGCUGUUUGUGAGCCGCUGCUUUUUCCAGAGGGCUUGGGGCGCUGGCUCUUUGGCGGAGGUGGAGCAUGCCCACCCAGGCUGAAGUGCGCGGCGGCGUUUCCUUGGCAUCGGGGGAUCUCCAGGGAAGCAGCCUGGACCGGCACGCCAAAGCCAGUCGCGGGAGCGGCACGGACUCCCCCAGCGUGCUGCCGCAGUGCCGUCCCGGCUUGCACUUUACCGAGGCUUCCCAGCUCGACUUCCCAUUCUGCCUUCCAGGUCUCCUGCAGCUGCGGUUGCUGCACUGCCCAGCUUGUGCACCCGACAGCCGAGAACUCAAAUGCUCCUCUGUGGCAGUGGAGGCUGCUCCCAUGUGGCCCAGGGUGGCGGGGGGUCACGUGACAGGUGGGAGCAGUGGUUGUUUUGGUGGCAGAUGGUAGCAAGAUUGGCUUUGAGGACAAAAAUGCCAGGGCAGGGGACCACCAUCCUACAGCGGGGCUCCAUCAGGGUUUUCUCGAGGCUGUCAUGCCACAGCAGGGAGGGCAGCUGGAGCAGCCCCGAGAAGGCCGCCUUCCCCCCUCCUCCCUCCCUCCUCUCCUAGAUACUCUGAGGUCCCAAACUCGACCUGGCAAAGUAUUAUCUGGUGUGAGAAACCAUAUUGUGGCAACACGAUUUUUUGGCUGCCUCUGGAGAAGUAAAGACAUGCCCUCAGG